CAAGUAUCCGCCACCUACCCCCACGGCCUGUCGACGGCGCCUCUAGGUACCAACGACCGAAGUCGAUCCGACGUCGCACCUGCGAACCUUCAUGAGGCCGUCACCGAAGACACCACCACAACCCUUUCACCUCGCCCGAGAACCAUGACCUCCAUACAGAGGCAUGAGCUCCAGGCUCUGGUCAAGCUGGUGAACAGCAACCAGCUUCUGAACCGCCAAUUAUCCCAAAUUUGUCAGCUCAACGGGCUCACUAGCAGCGGCGUUAAGGCGGCUCUGCAAAGUCGCAUCGUCAGUGCUAUCGAAGAAGCCUUCAAGAACAGCGACGCGACUCGCUUCCAGCAAAUCCAACGAAGCAUCGAGACCACAAGGACCGGCUCCUCCGCUUCGCCCGCCUCUCAAAAGAGUGGACGUCCCGCCACAGCGACUCCGCCAGUGUCAAUGAUGCGGCAAGACCAAUACUGGGGGCGCAAUGCCCGCCCCAGCGGUGCGAAUGGCCCUGCUCUGCCCGGGUAUGGAUCAAGCGGUACGUCAUUCCCUCAAAAGUCCUUUGAACAAACGCUUAACUUUGAUGCAGGGCUCUCUUUCAAGAACAGUCCCUUCUACGAGAUCCAGUUCCGGGUAGGCGAUGUGCGCUCGUGCGAGGCUAUGAGCCAGCAUAGGAACAUGGUCUCAAUUCCAGUCAAAGUCAGCGAUAAUCUCAAUCUGAACAGAGUUCUCGAUGACAAGUCACUACGCAUCAUGGUCUUCUGCGCCGGAGAUAGCAAUGGCGUCCAGGAUAUCGCGUUUCCCCAUCAGUCGGAGAUCAAGGUCAACGGUAACGAGGUCAAGGCGAAUCUCAGAGGCUUGAAGAACAAGCCAGGCUCGACAAGGCCAGUCGACAUUACGAGUUAUUUGCGUCUGAAAAAUGACAACAGAAAUCUCGUUGAGUUCACCUAUGCGUUGACUCAAAAGAAAUUCUAUCUUGUCCUGAAUGUCUGCCGUAUCACCUCGGCCCAGGACCUGGCCGACAACAUCAAGAAGGGGCAGAAGAUCCCCAAAAACAAGGUGAUUGAGGAGAUCAGCAAGAAAGCGGCGGAUACAGAUAUCGUCACGACAUCUCAAGUCCUGUCUCUUAAGUGUCCUUUAUCCUACAUGCGUCUUGAUGUCCCGUGCCGCUCUGUCAACUGUUCGCACAUCCAAUGUUUCGACGCAACGUCGUACCUCCAAUUGCAAGAGCAGGGCCCUCAGUGGCUUUGCCCGAUUUGCAAUAAACCGGCGCCAUACGCACAGCUGGCCGUUGACGAGUACGUAAGAGACAUCCUAGCGAACACAUCAAAGUCCCUAGAUCAAGUCACCAUUGAACCCGACGGACAGUGGCGAGUGAACACAGGACAGGCCGAGAACAGGCCGACCAAUGGUGGAAGCGGCCUUGUUGACGAAGACGAUGAUGACGACGACGACGACUGGGGUAUCGUGGAGGUCAACCCAGUUCGCAGUCGAAACUUCGAAACUCCCAACCGGUCAGUCGCCAGCACGGCAACUCCGACGACAACGGUGAUGUCUCGAGAAAGCUCGACGAUGCCGCGGGGCGUGGCCACAACAAGCGCCAAGAGACUGCAUUCGGAUAGGGUGACAAUAGACCUGACCCUAUCAGACGAUGAUGAGCCAGCCGCACCGCCUCCGAAGCGGCAACAACUACAGGGGGCGGGAUCGAGUAACUACAACAGCAAUGGUUACAGUAGCAGCAUGUUUUGA